AUGACAGAGAGAGUGAGAACGGCUCUUCAUACGGAAUGUUGCGUAGAAGCGGCCGCUUCCAUUGCUGAUCCGCGAUUAUGUUUUCAUGAUGUGUAGGACAUUGCGCAGCAUCACAUUGCUGCAGCUAAAUACUACACAACAGGUAAGUAGUCUCCGACAACAUGAAAGCCUUCGAAGGGUGAAAAAAGCCGGUGGCAAAUCCGUAUAAUGGAGCAAUCUUGACGCUCUUUCGUGAUUCGUCCUGCAAGUUGCCCAGAAGCAUUCUGGGCUACUUACCGAUAGCUUCUUUGACGGGCGGAGACCGACAACCCUCUACGCAGUCCAUUCCUACCAUCAAGGAAUUUGUCCGCUGCUGUGGAGCUUGAUCUGUGUUCAUUUGCGGUUCGCGCCGGUUGCUCAAGCACGACAAGUAUCCUUGUUGCUGCUACGCUGGACUGGCAGCCCAUACCUCUCCAUUCACAAGCAAGCGCCCCGAUCCUUUCCGUCUGGCCAAACACUGGGAAUCACGACUGAUACAUGCAUCAAUGAGGCUGAGCCAUGUGCGGGACUGUUUUAUCGCGUCUACUUCGCCAGAGAGCGCUUCAAGCUUGGGUCGACAGACAAAGCCGAAGAAAUUGCGUGCCGAAAGGCGUCUGGACUUGGCGCCUUUUGGUACGUCUGCUGACCAUAGCAAAUACGAAAGCCAGGCGUAGGAGUGGAAGUAAGUCAGCAGUUGUUCGCCCUAUCGCGGUUGAGCACCAUUCUGCACUCGCCUCGCUUAUCAGUCUCGUCUUUCCGCAGGAACAUUUGGACGCGAGAUGUUAUCCUUCGCCCCAAGAAUGUGCUCCGACCUCGCAUCGGUGCCACGGAAUUCGACAUGCCAAGCGUGAAUCAGCGAUGUGGCGGAGUGGGAGCACUGUGGCGUGGCGGAGAUCGAGCACGACGUGUUCGUUGCUGCUGUGGGAGUUGAAGCGUCGAAGCAGAAGGUCAUGGCUGAAAUGAUUUGGGCCGAGAAGCAGAAGAAGCGCGCUCUCAUGCCAUGCUCGGUGGCGCGCUCUCGAAGCUGAGCCUCGUGAGCGCCAAAAGUCCUUUGAGCUGAGCGUCAAAGUGAGCGUGUCGGAGUGUUGCAGACUUGGGAUGCAAAGGGGUGAAGCAGCCGAGAGCGAACAAGAGCAAUCGAUGGGGUGGAGUUCAGCCACAGUGAAGAGGCGGUGCGUCUCUUGACCGCUUGCCCUGCCCAUGUACUCGUCAAAAGUUUGUACUGACAUUAUUGGUCCCUUUCCACGAUGCUCCUAAAGGGGCUGA